GUUUCUUGAAUGCAGUGUAGUGUACAUCUUCAGAAAUAAGGUUUUCGGUCCAACCCGAAAACUCUUAUUCGAUUCCUUACUCAGUGCCAAUAAACAGUUCAGAAACCAAAGGAAACAAUACAGUGCAUAAGCAAUAAAAAUACACAUAUUGACCUGUGCCAGGAUAAAUGACGCACAAGUCGACCCUAAGGGUGGUUGGACAGAAUGCAAGGAAUCGGCUCUUCUCUGGAAAACCGAAAAUGCAAAUGCUCAUCUCGCAAAAAGUCAAAUACAGUAGGUUAGCUGUGAUAUUCUUAGGAAUUUUCACUCUAACGAUGGGCAUAAUUUUCUCCUCAAUACCAUGGAUUGACUACUUAAUCUUGAAGCAAUUGCGACUGUGGAACGGAUCGCUGAGCUUCCAGUACUGGCAGAAACCUGGUGUCAUCCGACUGACGAAGGUGUACAUCUUCAAUAUGACCAAUCCGGAGACAUUCCUGAGUCAGGGGGAAAAACCCAGGCUGCAGGAAAUUGGGCCGUUCGUGUAUCGAGAGGAUAUGGAAAAGGUGAACAUAAAAUUCCACGACAACGGAACGGUGACAUUUCAGCAUAAGAAAAUCCUCCAAUUUGUUCCAGAAAUGUCGGUCAAUAAACACGAGAAGUUAACAGUACCAAACAUCCCUCUAUUGUCUUUAUCAACUCAAUCGAAUUCGCUGAGCAGCUUCGUGCAACGCAUGAUAUCAUUCGUUCUGAACGUGGGAACGCACAAACCGUUCAUAACAUUGACCGCCGAGGAUCUGGUGUUUGGUUACGAGGAUGGAAUAGUCAAUUUGGCGCAUCACUUUUAUCCGAAACAUAAAAAACCGAAGGAUAACAAAAUGGGACUACUGAAUGGAAGGAAUGGAACUUUGAAGGAGAUUCAAACAAUUUACACUGGAGAAACGGGAAUGCAGGAGUUUGGUUUGAUGGAGAAGAUGAACGGUGAAGAUCGUUUACCUUUCUGGGAGGAUAGUCCUUGCUCCAAUUUGAAAGGAAGCGAAGGAUCCUUCUUCCCCCCAAGACACUUCACCAAAGAAGAUGUAAUUCACGUUUUCGAUAAGGACAUUUGCAGGAUUCUUCCGCUGAGAUACAGACAUUCCGAGAUUAAACACGGUAUUUCGGUCGAUGUGUACACGCCUCCAACAGACGUGUACGAAUCAGCGGAAAUCCAAACCAAGAACAAAUGCUUUUGUCCUGGAAACCAAUACUGUCCACCGAGCGGACUUCAAAGCAUUGGACCAUGCCAUUACGAUGCUCCACUGUACGUCUCCAAUCCGCACUUCUACAAAGCCGACGUUAGUCUCUUGGAGAAAAUCGAUGGACUCUCUCCGGAUAAAGACAAGCACAGCACGUACUUCAAAAUACAACCAAAACUCGGGGUUCCGUUGGAAGCGAAGGUUCGUUUGCAGGUGAACUUGAAAGUGGAUAGAGCGCCGAACGUGCGCAUUGUUUCCAAUUUCCCGAGCAUCAUCUUUCCCAUCAUGUGGAUCGAAGAGGGAAUAAGUGAUGUUACACCUCCGAUCAGGCGAUGGAUUUACUUAGCUACGACGUUUUCCGACAUGGCUUCACCGCUUUUAACAUACGGCUUCAUCUUUCUGGGAAGCUGCGUCUUGAUCGGCGUCUUCAUAAACACCUACAAAUCGAUAGUCUUCACCAAGGAGACUAUAGAAGUCGGUAUGAAGACUUUCAGGAGAGGCAACAGCUUCAACAACAAGAUGCUCAUCGUACGUGAUUCCUACAGUCUGCUAGAAAACAUCCCGGAUUCUCGGAUCGUAUAAUUCGCGCGCAAAAGAAGCAUCAACUGUGGCAUUCCAAUGUACCUCCAGUAUUGGUAGUGUUUAAAGCUAAACAAAAAUUUAAACUAACAGUUACAAAUUAGGUGUGGUGUAGAACAGGAGUAGCGAAAACUCAUUUGCUCAACAACAACAAGACGAUUUUAGUUAUUGUGAUAGAACUUGUUCAUUUAACCAAUCCGUCCGGAAACAUAAUUUAUGAAUUUGCUCAAUCACUAAUUAACCUCGAUGAGUCAUUUAUUAAUAAUAGCAUUAGAUUAAUGCUAAGUUAUAUAACAUAUUAUUUUUUACAACUUCUUACUGUUUUUUUGUACGAUAAUAUUAUUAUUUUUUUUUGUGGACUAAAAUUGUAGAGUAUAAUCGAAUGAAUUGUGAUAUUAUUAUGUUUUAUUUUUAUUCCUUCCGAACGAAGAAACAAGAUUUCGUAGCGCAUUCGCAUGUUUCUUCUGUAUUUGUUCUUUUUAAUGCAAAAGACUACUUAUUUUUUCAUUUCUUUUGGAAUGAUGCGAAAAGACCUAAUUUUUAUACUGUUUCUAUUUUAGAUUUUAAUGUGUGUCUUUG